AUGUCGGACAGUGCUAAUAUCGGAGGCGCUAGCCUACGAGAUGUUGACCAAGGACCUAGAAUUAUCAUAGCCACGGCUAUCACUACUGGCGCCGCAUUACUCACUGUUUUGGCUCGGUUCUACGUGCGUGUGUUCCUUAUUCGAAAUGUCGGGUGGGAUGAUUAUACUAUGGCCCUGACGAUGUUGCUGUCUGUCAGUGGAUUCGCCAUUAUUGUCCCCGAGGUAAAAUAUGGUGCAGGCAGACAUAUGGUCUUUGUCCAAGAAACGGCCGUAACGGCGAUGCAUUUGAACUAUGCCACCCAAGGUAUUUACCUGUGGGCCAUUGGCUUGGUCAAAGUAUCAAUUGGGCUGUUUUUGCUUCGUUUCGCACCCCGCAGAGGGUAUAGGAUCUUUAUCUGGGUUGUCUUGGUCCUCAUGGCGCUCUACACUGCAAUCUGCUUUUUGACUCUUACCUUCGAGUGUCAGGAUAUCCGAGCAAAUUGGGAUCCCGCAGUGAAAUCGAAGUGCUUUAGUCGCAAACAACUUCUAGCUUUGAGUUAUACAAACACUGCACUGAAUAUUUUGACUGAUCUGAUCUUCGCGGUUCUACCGGUCUUUAUGCUACGUCAUCUUCAAGUCAACCGCCGAGUCAAAGCCUCCCUAAUCUGUAUCCUGGGCCUGGGAGUUUUUGCCUGCGCAGCCGCCUUCGUCAAACUCUCGAUCCUACCCAGCUACGGCCAAACCGGCGACUUCCUCUGGGACUAUACAAACCUCACAAUUUGGGUUGUCACAGAAUGCAACACCGGUAUCAUCGCCGGUAGCCUCCCCACCCUCAAACCACUGUUCAAGAGAGUCCUCGGCACGUACGGCUCGCAUACGAAAACCACCCGCGAGUACUUUGGCAGCAAGAAAUAUAAAAUGCAGUCAAUGUCUCGAUCAAGAGGGCCACCAGUGCAAUCCCGAGCGCAUAAAAGCGGCAAUCUCAGUAUCGCCGAGUUCGACUCUGAUCCAAACACUCAACACUCCCGGAUCGGGUCUACAACAAACUCGACCAAGUACUCUGGAAGUCAACGAAGCAAUUCCAGCGAGGAGCGGAUAUUACCUAUUGAGGGCGAUGGAAUUGUUUGCACAACGGAGGUCAUGGUUUCGCGAGAGCAGAAUCCUCCAGAGAUGCCGCCCAACCCUCCCAUUUUGCCCAAAUUGGGCAGGAUGGGAUCCCUGAGUGGCUUGCGCGUCAAGGCGGAUGAUAGGGUUUAG